AUGGACAUCGACGAGCUCAUUGGCACGGUCUCGAGCGAGCCCGACAUGGACACUGAGCGGAUGUGUUUCGGGAUUACCGACAUCUUCGUCACUGGUGAGGUAGUCCGUCUGCUCUCCUUUCCUCACCCCCACGCAUGCUCUGACCCCCCUCCCUUCCUCCCCCUUCACUGUCUCGCCUCUGCUUCUCCCCGGUCGUCCUCCCUCCUCCCCACACAUGCACAGACUCCCGCACGGUAUGCACAAGCCUGGCACGCAUAUGCGCUCUACGGCCGUGUUCGCCCCUGGGACGAUCUCGUUGUUCUUCUCCACGUUGAGGUUCUACCAGCGGACGGCAGCGGCGCCCUUUCCACCGUUUUUUGCAGGUAUGUCGUCAGCGAGCGCACGCUCAUCGACGCCUGGCAGCAGGUGACCGCGAGCACGCACACGGCCCCGCUUGAGGAUACGUCCAUCAUCUUCAAGGUCGACCGCCCGCAGCUGCUGCUCCUGGUGCGGGGGUGGGGGUGUGCCUCCAGCGCGCGCGCGUCCGCCGCCGUCAUGUCCGCGAGCGCAAGCGCGAACACCUCCAGGGUUGUGCCUCUUCGCGCGUUACUUAUCUUCGCCAUGGCCCAAUUUUUUCUUGACACCAUAUACGUCUACACUGGGUUCAUCAACCAUGACGGUUGUGCGGCACGACUGGCCUUCACGAAUAACGCCACGAACCAGAACUUCAUUGUGAAGCACGCGUCGCUGCUCACGACGCUCUUUGUGGGGGACUUCAUGUCUCGGGCUGCUAUGCGCUCUACGCGUACGCGCACACACCCCCACGACCAGACGAUCUUCGAGCAGACGGAGCCGCUCAAGAUCUACUUCCCUCCCAGUCUCGUCUCGAACCUCGCGUCGCGCAUCUGGUACGUGGACUGGAGCAGAGCGAACGCGCUCGCGGCAGGCACGACACGCGCCGGCGGGCUCUGGCGGGUGGUGCGCAUCAGGCUCGAGUCCGGGUUCAUCAAUGCGGUUUUCCUCUUCGCGUUCGUCGUGAUCAUCGCUGGGAAAUUUUCUGCACUCAGGCUCGUCUGA